UUGGACCAUUCCCAUGUUUCAUCGUCCAUAGUUUCUGAUGAAGUGGUUCAAUCCAAAACAAGGCCCCAUGUUGCACACGUACUAAUUAAAACUAAUACUAUCAACACUUUUUUCUUUGUUCAAGAAUCCUCUCAGAAUUAAGACCCUUCAGCACAAGAGAUAAGAGAGAAAGAGAGGGAUAAUAAUAUGUCUCUUCCAAGUAAAACCCCUCAGCAGCUGAAAGAAGGAGCAGCAGCAGCAAACUCAUCCUCUUCUUCAUGGAACAGCAUAAACACCCACACAAACACUUUCCCUCCUUUAACUCUACACAGAAGCAAACUUGAAGAUAGCGAUGAAGAUAUGUUCACAGUUCCAGAUGUGGAAGGCACGCCAAUUAGUAGUGUUCAUUCUGCACUGACACUUACAAAUGGUAACCCCAAUCAAAGUAAUGUGGCUGAUCCUCAAUUUCAAACGGGCUUUUCCGGGAAGCGCCGCCGGGGAAGAAACCCUGCAGACAAGGAGCAUAGACGCCUCAAGAGGUUGUUGAGGAACAGAGUCUCUGCUCAACAAGCUCGCGAAAGAAAGAAGGUUUAUGUGAAUGACUUGGAAUCAAGAGCUAAAGAAUUGCAAGAUAAAAAUGCUGUCUUAGAAGAACAAAUCUCAACUCUGAUCAAUGAGAACACUAUGCUGCGUAAGGUUCUCAUGAAUGCAAGGCCAAAAGUUGAUGAAAGCAGUAGCACAGAACAAAAGCAGGACCAGUUAAGUAAAAGCUAACAAGCCAAGCUAUAGAAUGUGCGUCAGAAUAUCAAAUAUGGCGCAUAUUUAAGAGAUGCAUUAAUUUAUAUUUUACUCUAGACACUAGAAAUGUAAAUUGUAUGACAACCUUAUCCCUUUAAUUACUGGGUGAAUAUUGUUCUUCGGACCCUCUUUUCCCUA